GUAGAGACAAAAAUAUAAGAGGCAGCACUACAUUUAUUUAUAUAAAAUUUUGCACAUGUAAUUAUGUAGGAUGUAAACACUAGAUCAAAACAUACGAAAGUGAGGUUACUAAUUAGUUUAAAUAACUUUUAAAUUAAUUAUGUGGAUAAUUAAAAAUACAAGUUUGGUGUUUUAAAUAUUUUAAAAUACAAGUUUUAAAAUGCCACCAAAAACUGUGAUGAUAACUCAAGAGAGUCCAGCCAAUGCACUAGCACUCAACAAAGAUAAUUCACAAGUUGUCAUUGCUGGACGAAAUGUUUUUAAAAUCUUCUCGGUGUUGGAUGACAAGUUCGAAGAAAUUUAUAAUUUACGAGUUGGUAAAAAUCUAAAUUUAAAUUUUUCCUGCAAUGAUGUCACUUGGAAUUUAAAUGAUGAUCAUUUGAUAGCAACCGCGGCCACGAAUGGAGCAGUCGUGCUGUGGAAUUUGAAUAGAUUGACACGUUCUAAACAGGAACAUGUGUUCACUGACCACAAAAGAACUGUAAACAAGGUAAGCUUCCACACGACAGAGCCGAUGUGGUUGAUAUCCGGCUCCCAGGAUGGUACGAUGAAGUGUUUCGACAUUCGUAUAAAAGAAGCUACCAAGACAUUUUACAGCAACACCGAGUCUGUGAGAGACGUUGAGUUUUCUCCGCACCAGCAGCACACAUUUGCGGCCGUGUCUGAGAACGGACAUGUCCAGCAGUGGGAUAUGCGACGUCCGGAUCGUUAUUUCCAACAUUUUACAGCUCACAGUGGACCCAUUUUCGCGUGUGAUUGGCACCCGGAGAACCAGUGGCUGGCAACCGCUUCCCGGGACAAGACUAUUAAAAUUUGGGACUUGACGUUGAAGCCGACUUGUGAAUACACCAUUCAUACGAUUGCUUCUGUGGGUAGAAUUAAAUGGAGACCGCAGAGAAAAUAUCACAUUGCGAGCUGUGCUUUGGUCGUCGACAGCAGCAUAAAUGUAUGGGACAUUCGCAGACCUUAUAUUCCAUUUGCGAGUUUCAAUGAACACAAAGACGUGACGACUGGUAUCGCAUGGCGAGGAGAUCCUCAUUCAUUUAUAUCAACUAGUCGUGACUGUACGCUGUACCAUCACGCUUUUCAGGAGGCAAGCCGUCCAGCAACUCAAGCAAAUCCUCAGGGACUUGACAUAAAUCCGCACUGCGAAGUUGGGUUUGCCAGCAAAGUCAAUACCAACACCCCACCAACACUAAAACAUUUGACAACUUUGAUGAGAAAAACUCAAACGAGUAGUGAUAAUUUUUGUUCGGCAUUGAGUACUGUCCAAAGAUUUACUCUCAAUACUUCUAAAGAGUCUAAUUGGUUUGUAUACUGCGCAAAAAGAUAUAUUUUAAACGGAAGACUGAGUGAUAUUUGUGAUCACAAUUCAAAAGUUGCUUUAGAUGGCGGUCGCAUUGACAUCUGCUAUGUUUGGAAAAUAAUUAAAUCCUUUUAUGCUGACCCCCUGGACAAUAUGCCCAAGAAUAUUCCUGACAAAGACGAAAUUUUGAAUAUAUCCCAGAUGACACUCAAGGCGACUGGAACGGAGCAGAAUAACGCAGUCAUAGAGAAUGAAGUCAAGUCACUGCAGGGAGACGGGUUAGGUGGCGUCAGUGGUGGAGACGACGAGACUGAAACCGAUGAAAUGCCAGAAAAUUUGAAUCCUCUGUCAAAUAUUUCUACUGGAUAUAAAAAAUCUCUUAAUGGGUACAAACGUAAGCCUAAGAGUGAUUUUAUUUUUGGUGAAUUUGAGUUUGAAUCCCUUGCUUUGGAGUACAAUACAGGUGACUAUAUUGACAAUACGAUAAAUGACAGCGACUGGUCAUUGCCCAAGGAAGCGUUUCCGCUGAGACACGAGAUACAGGACAGGUCACCGCCGCCCGAACAAUUUUCUAAUCCCUCGGAUAUUAAUGACGACUCGGGUUCGGUGACUGUUGAAGAUCAACCCUGUCACCUAAUUGUAAAUUCUGUACCCAAGCCAAAGUUUUUCGACCCCACGCCCCUCGUCGAGGAAGCUCUUAUGCACCACGUGUCGAUACGCGAUGUCCAGACCUCCGUGUCAAUAUUAAUGGCCCUGGGGUCCAACAGAAAGGGUCUCAAUAUAUCGACAGCCAUCCAGGAGAGCUGGUUUCUAGAGUACAUUGAUCUUCUAGGCAGAUUCAAACUUUACGACGUGGCUACUCAGAUUAUUCAAAACGCUUGGAUACCAUCAAUAUCACAGUUAAAUCAGCAGUCAACGACAAUCCACGCGAGUUGUACCUCAUGUGGGAAAGCUUUUCCACCGACCACGUGGUUCUGUGACCAGUGCAACAAAACUAAACUGUCUCUAUGCUCGAUUUGCCAUCAGGUGGUCAGAGGACUGUACACCUGGUGCCAAGGAUGUACGCACGGCGGGCACAUAAAACACAUGAAAGAAUGGUUUCAAAAUAAUCGACAGUGUCCAACAGGAUGUGGUCAUAUGUGUGAAUAUAUUUGACGACUGUAAAUAGUUAGAAAAAUUUUUUUUUAUUAUUUUAUUUCAUGACGUUUACAUUUAUACAUAAAACAAUUUUUAUUGUUAAGUUUUAUAAGAGUAGGAUAAUUAUAUAUAUACAUAUAUAUAUAAGGGGUGUGCGAAUAGUUCAGACUUACAAAUUAUUCGUAUCGAAUUGAAUUGAAAUAAUCGAUUCGAACUUGGAAUUAUUUGUAAGUCGAUUCGAUUCGAACACAAUUCGCAUGCCCCUAAUAUAUAUGUAUGUAUAUAUUAAUAUAAAUACCGAAGAAUGCUAGCCAGCUAUACAAAGUGAAUUAUUAUUUUGCACCAAUUAUUAGACAAUAAAAACUUUUUUUUAUUUAAAUUAUACAAUUAAUUUGAUUGUUAUUUUUUUUUUUUGCAAGAGUACUCAAAAGAUGCGACCAACUACUAAAGUACAAAAAUAUAAAACCAAACAUUUUAUCAAUUAAUAUUCAAUAGUCAAUUCUUUUGAGCAUCUUCUAUUAAAUUAUUAUUAUUUAUAUUUUAAAAUUUAAAUUCAACGAUGUCCAUUUGCGGAAAAGUUAAUCACAGAAAUAAUGUUAUUUUUAAAAAAUAACUGCAGUUAAAAUAAUCAGUCAUGGCUGCAGUUAAGUAUUCAUUUAUAUUUAACUAUUAUUAACUGAUAAGUAUUUUAAUCUUUAACAUUAAUCAAUAAUUAAUUCAUUGAUAGAGCAAAGCAACAUAAAAAUUAAGUGGCAGUGAGUGUAAAAAUAGCAAUAAUAAUUUAUAGGCUUACAAUCUCGACAUUUUAUUUUUUUUUCAUUACAUGUCAAGUGCUGAAAUUAAAAAGGUAAAAUAAAUAUAUAGUUUUUUUUAUAAAUUAUUUAUUAUUUCAAUUAUAUUAAUUUACAUAACUUGUUAAUUAACAAGAUUUAUUAACGAAAAUAAUUAAAUAUAUACUGUCUUUUUAAUUAUCAUAUAAAAGUAAAUUAUU